AUGAGACUGCUAAUUCCUAACCCAGGGCUGGAUGACCGGAUCCCAUCCUAUGGGGAGAUUGAAAAGAAGGACAAGGAGGAUGCCGGGGACAGGCCCAAGUGGGACAACAAAGCUCAGUACAUCCUAACCUGUGUGGGCUAUUGCAUUGGGAUUGGCCAAGUGUGGCGAUUUCCUUACUUGUGUCAAAGUCAUGGCGGAGGUGCCUUUUUGAUUCCCUAUCUCAUCCUGCUGGUGCUGGAAGGGAUACCGCUCCUGCUGUUGGAGUUUGCCAUCGGCCAGCGUCUCAGGAAAGGCAGCGUCGGAGUGUGGAGAUCCAUCAGUCCUUAUCUUACUGGUGUUGGUAUAACCUCCUUGCUGGUGUCCUCACUGGUUGGACUGUACUACAACACUAUAAUAGCCUGGGCAAUGUUGUAUUUCUUCAAUUCCUUUCAAGACCCACUGCCUUGGACGCAGUGUCCUCUCAAUGACAAUGGGACAGGGUUUGUAUCAGAGUGCCAACGAAGUUCCACUGUGGAUUAUUUUUAUUACCGAGUCACUCUGGAUACUUCGACCUCUAUAGCUGACUCAGGAGGAAUCCAUUGGCCCAUGGUACUCUGUCAGCUAGCUGCCUGGUCGGUCAUUUGUGUGUGUUGCAUACAGGGGAUCGACUCUUCAGGCAAGGCAGUGUAUGUUAUAUCUAUCCUGCCUUACGUAGUGCUGACCGUCUUCCUGGUCCGAGGACUGACUCUUAAAGGUUCCCUGAGUGGCAUAGAAAUCCUCUUCACACCAGAUCUUGAUGAGUUAACAAAACCAACGACUUGGCUGGAUGCAGCAGCGCAGGUCUUUUAUGCACAUGGCUUGGGAUGGGGAAGCCUCGUCUCCUACUCAAGCUACAACCCUGUACACAACAACUGUAUGCAAGAUGCUCUGAUCCUGGCAGUCAUAACUGGCCUCACCUCAACCUAUGCUGCAGCAACCACCUACUCCAUCAUUGGCUUCAGGGCCACAGAGAAAUAUGACAACUGUAUCAGCAGUAACAUCGAGACAUUAUUAAAUGCAUUCGAGCUUCCUGAAGACAGCAUCACUCCAGACAACUAUGAGGCAGCCUUUAAACAUCUCAACAGCUCCUCUCAUGAUAUUGUUCUUGGAUUGGACAUCCAAACAUGUAACAUGCAGAAACUUCUCAGUGAGGGAGUGGAGGGAACAGGUCUGGCCUUCAUUGUUUUCACAGAGGCCAUCACCAAGAUGCCUGGUUCUCCAGUUUGGUCUGCCCUCUUUUUCGUCAUGCUUUCCUGCUUAGGAAUCUCUAGUGUGUUUGGCUACAUUGAGGGAGUGAUAGUGCCACUGAAAGACCUGAAUGUUUUCCCUAAAAAAUGGCCCCAAGAAGCACUGACUGGAGUAACAUGUGCGGUCGGCUUUAUCCUCUCUAUCAUGUUUGCCCUGCAGUCAGGGUUUUAUUGGGUAACUCUCUUUGACAACUUUGCUGGAACUAUUCCACCUCUGGUCAAUGGACUGAUUGAGAUGAUAGCUGUUGUUUACAUCUAUGGCAUAGACAGGUUCAAUGAGGACUUGGAGUUCAUGGUGGGACAUAAGCCAGGCAUCUACUGGCAGGUUACAUGGAGGUUCAUCAGUCCGCUCAUAGUUCUGGUUAUCUUAGUUUUCUACUUGGUGACACAAGUUCAAGAAGAGCUCACCUACUUAGUCUGGGAUCCCAACUCUGAGGAGUUCCCGUCUCUGGCAUCAGUACCGUACCCUUCAUGGAUCUAUGUGAUCAUCUUUCUUCUGGCCGGAAUCUCCAGUUUGGCAGUGCCUGUGUAUGCAUUAUGUAGACUGGUCUAUGUUUACUGCAUUAAAAACUAGUAUCCGGAGAAAGGAUAAGCCAAUAUAUCUGUUUUAAGUUGCACAUUUCAGAAUACAACAAAAUGCAUGUUUUUCUUUGGCAGUUUGUUAGUAUACAUGUUCUUAACGCACAAUGUUGAUGUUUUUUUGUUUAAAUUAUUCAUAUUUCUGAUCAUGUUUUGUGAAAAUUCAACUGGUGCUGUAUCAAAAAACUGUACUUAUUCAUUGCACCACACUAGCCUGCUUUAGAUUUCUAAUUGUAUUGGUCCUAUCUGAAAUUUAGAAGCAGGACAGCAUACGGUUUACAUAAAUCUUUUAUAAUUUUACCCAUUCAUCUCUGUCUUUGAAUUUUUUUUUUGCCUCUGUGAAAGUUGUCUAAUGUGACUUGGAGUAUGUUCAAUCUCUUUCAGUUAUGUUUAUCACAAUGUAUAACGGGCAGAAGAUGUAGAGCAGCAGUUGGCCAGA